AGAGUGCUUCAGGGUGUGGUAGAAGUGACAUUGGUCUCAUAAGAAACUCUACUUAAAUUUUGUAAUCGUUCAAAGUUGAAUAAAAAAAUUUUUGAAGUCUAACAACGAAGUUGAAAGCGAGUUAAAACUGAAAUUAAUUAAGUGAGAAAGAGAAAAAAACUAUAACAGAGAAGCUUAAAAUUAUAUAAUUUUGAACAAGUUGAGUCCACAAGCUUGUCUUAUUUGUAAUUAAAAUUCAAUUAGUUAAUAGUGAAGAAGUGAAAGACUCGCUGAUAACAGACAAACAGCCAGCGACACGACACGACAAUAAAGACGAGAAGGAAACUGGCCGCUAAACAAAAUGUCACAAACUAAUAAACUACCGAAAACAAACUCACUUCUGCCAUCAAUUAAUUAUAAGCAAUUUGUAUCAUUAAUAAUCUUGCUACUAGUCACAUCAUCAACAUCACAAACACCAACUGCAAUUUAUGAAUGUCCGAGUGGUUGUGAGUGCAAUGAAACCACUUUCAGCGCAAAAUGUGAAAACUUGAACGAACUCAUAACAAGCUAUAGUCGAAAACAACAUAACUUUAUGCCAAUUAAAUCACUUGACUUAUCGAAUAAUCAACUUACAAAGCUUACCAAUCAAUUGGAACUUUUGGUAAACAUAACCGAAUUAAAUUUGUCACACAAUCAAUUGACGCAAGUGCAUAAAUUGAACUUUGAACAUUUGGAGACUUUGGAUUUGAGUCACAAUCAAAUAACAUCUGCAAAAUUAAAGAAACUUCCAAAACGAGUUGUUCAUCUUAAAUUAUCUUACAAUGAAAUCACAUAUUUGCCGGUGGACUUCAUGAAGUUGAAGAAGCUUCGUUCACUUGAACUCGAUGGUAAUCCUUUAAAUUGCACAUGCAAUACACUUCACGUUCGUAAUUGGAUAACUUUCAAUCAUGUUUGGUCCGACAAGCAUAUCGUUUGCAUGUCACCGCCAAUUGUCAAAGGAAGGCCGUGGUUACAAGCUCGUCAGAAUGACAUCUGUAUUGAACCAUCAUCAACCACAACACAAAGAAGUAAAUACAAUUGGGAUAACUAUGACGAUGAAAACGAAAUCAUGAUGGGCGAUCAACCACAAUCAGAUGUCGAUGAUGUUGAAUAUGAAGAAGAAGCAGAAUAUGAAGACGAAGAAGUUAAAGAUAAAGAUUCAAAUGUUUUCGAUGAAGAUAAAGAAGUUCAUGAUGAACCAGCACCAGAUGACGAUGAUGAUGAAUCUGAAGCGAAAGAUAUAUUUGAAGAUGCCAGUAAGAAACCUGAAGAGAAAGAAGACGAAAAAGUUGAAUAUGAAGAUGAUCCACAAGACGACGACGAUUUCAUGCCCGUUUCAUCAAAUUCUGAGAGUAGUUCAACAGUAGAACCAGAAAUUGUUAGUGGACCAGAGAAUGAAGAUGAAGGGUCUGGUUUUGAUGCUUCAGCGAUGCCUCUAACAACAGAAGAAGAUGACAGUGAUGAGUCUGGUAGUGGAAUUCCUAUCUACAUUCCCUCAAAAGAUGACCUUGAAAGUUCUACUGAACCAGAAGAGAAAGAAACAAUUCCACCUUUAGGUAUUUUUGAAGACAACACAGAAGCACCAUUUGGUGGUCAUAGAGAUGUUUUACCUGGAAAAAGUGAUGCAAGUGUUGAUGAAGAUAAAUCUGCGAAGAUUUCUGCAAAUGAAAUUGAAACAGAGAAAGCUGGAACAGAUGAAAACUUCGGGACUUAUGUUUUGAUUGGAAUCUUGGGUGUUUGUCUUCUUGGAUUGAUCAUUUUCCUCGCCAUGAAGAAUAGACAAGAAGAAAAGAGAAAUCGUCGUAUGUAUGAUGUUGAAAAGAGUGGAGCGACUGAACUUCAAGAUAUGGACAAAAGAUUGUUGGGAAAGCCAAUCGAUAAAAAUGGUAAUGGAAAGACGGAACAAUCGCCACUUAUGAACGAUUACCCUAAUGAGCCAUUGCGAAAUGAUGAACAACCAGCACCAUAUACCACCUUCCAAACACCUGAUGUGACCGUUGAAGAACCAAAAGCAGUUCAGAAAGAUAAUGAUAAAUUGCAGCAGCAACCUUAUGUGAAUGGAAAUGGACGAAUCGAGCCAGUUCAUAAAGCACCAUCCAAUGGAUCAAUUCCAAAGCUUCCAGAUAGUGAUGACGAAACUUUCCAUCCUGCUACUGACAGUCCGAUUAGCCCUGAGUCGUUGAACGUUUCACCAGAACCACCAAAACGUUACAGUCCUGUUUACUCCCCCGCAUCGCCACGAAAUGAUCGCUAUUCGCCAGUUUAUUCACCUGAAACAGGACGUGUUAAAAUCAAAUUGACAGAGACACCAAAGGCUAAAACUCCUGUUUUGGUGACUAGAAGUCGAAGUGGAGCAGGAGAUUACGUCAACACACCAAACUAAAAUAGUCUAAGAAUUUAUGAUAAAGUUGUCAGCUUUGCGUUAUUUGUGUGAAUGAAGACGAAGAAAUUCAUGAAAUUAAUUUUUUUUAAAUACAGUUUAUGAAAAGAAAUUAUUUAAAGAAAAAAUCAAAUCUUUUAAAAUCGAAAACUAUAAAAGAAGAACAUACAUUUUUAUUGUAGAAAACAGAGUGAAAUUUAGUUUUUAAUAUAAUAUAUCAUCUUAAAAGCAUAAAUAUUUUAAUAGGUCAUUUCAAAUGAUUAUGAUGAUCAAAAUGAUAAGAAAUAAAAACAGGAAAAAAAUUAAAGAAAGAA